CACAGACGCCAUCUAGACUAACCUACCAGUCACACUACUCGUGUUUGCUUGCUUACUUUAUUGCGGCCGGCGUUAGCUCGGUUUAUCUGGUGGACGAGAUUCUGCAUUCCGUUCGGUGGAUUCAUUCCUUUACAAGGUUAAGACCCCUGGCUCUCUCCAUAGUGAAAAAAAUCAAAUUUUAUUCCCGGUAAAGAUUCUAUUAACAAAGAUACAUUAUGUCGAUAACACCUAGUGUAGGAUAACAGAGUUAUCAAGCACAUGACGAAGACCCUGAUAUCGACACAGUUUCCUGACGAGAGAGAAUCACUAUCAAAGAUGGACUCCUCUGAGAAUCAUCACAGGCGGAUCUCAGUCAUCUCCGAGGAAAAAUAUGGGGCUCAUUUCAACAAAGGGCUGAAUCUGGACGCGUUGGAAGAACAGGUGAACAAAUCCGGAGAAGCAGUUUCUCCUGGUGCAAGAGCGGUGGGGGCGUUGGAUCAGGAUGAGGUCGUUUGGGAUGGAGGCUGGGGUCUCCGCCACAUCGUAGGCCUACUGUUCUUUUCCGCCCUCACCGUCUGCUACUUGAACAGGAUCCACAUCAACAUAGCCAUUGUCGCCAUGGUCACUUCGAACGCCUCUGAUGUCGUCGAUCAAAUGGACGUUUGCCCACUGCACUUCUUGUUUAACGAAACACCUGGCAAUACCUCGAUAGGAGAGUUCGACUGGGAUGAAGAAACUCAAGGGAUGAUCCUGGGCUGCUUCUUCUACGGGUACAUGGUGGGCAACCUGUUAGGAGGUUUAGUCUGCCAGGUCCUUGGUGGAAGAGUUAUGCUCGGGAUCAGUACCUUAUCUUCGUCCAUCCUAAGCCUCUUAUCCCCAGUCUGCGCCAGGACCUCCACCGCACUCUUCGUGGGUCUCAGGAUCGUGUCUGGGAUUUUACAGGGACCCACCUUUCCUGCAGUUUGCUCUCUCAUGGCAGCCUGGAUACCUCCAAAGGACAAAGCCAGCUUCACCUCUAUAGUUUUCGUAGGAGACCACUUCGGCAUAGUCAUUUCCAUGGCAUUGGGGGGCUUGAUGUCAGGCUCGGACUUCCUGGGCGGGUGGCCGUCCGUUUUCUAUGUGUUCGGGAUCGUCGGUCUCCUCUGGAGCUUGGCCUGGUUCGUCCUCAUCCGCGACCAGCCUGAGGAUCACCCUUGGAUAUCCUCGAAGGAACUCAGUUACAUAAGGUCUCAUUCACCCACCGUUAAGUCAUCAAAGGCUCUGAAAAUCCCGUGGAAGGAUAUCGCCACGUCGAUGCCCUUCUUGUGUCUAGUUAUCUUUACCUUUGGGCAAGGCAUAGGAUUCAAUACCAUCCUAUCUGAGGUCCCUACGUACCUAAGUAAUAUACAACACUUCGGAUUGGCAAGUAACGGUAUACUUUCUGCUUUACCUCACGUGGGUGUACUCAUAGCCAGUCCUUUGUUUGGAGCCAUCGCAGACAAGAUAUCUGAAAAGAAGUGGCUGAGUAUCAAAAUGACAAGAAAAUUGGCUACGGGAGUAGGUCUUUACUCAUCUUGCAUAUGCCUAACCGCCAUGUGCUUCGUGGAAUGCAACGGAACCUUAGCUGUUGCAUUCCUGUGUCUAGCAGAGAGUCUCAACAGCGCCAGGAACAGCGGGGCUUUGAUAAGUGAACAGGACAUCGCCCCCAACUUCGCUGGAGUGUUGAUAGGAAUAACAAACGCUGUGAGCGCCAUCGCUGGAAUCAUUACUCCAUUAUUCAUAGGAGUACUUACUACUGACAAUCAAACACUGAGCGCCUGGAGGAUUGUUUUUGGAAUAGCUGCGGUGGCCUACUUCAUUGGAGGGUCGGCAUAUUUGAUUUUUGGAACGAACAAAGUGCAGCCUUGGAAUGAACCCAAAAGGAAAUAGAUACGGAGUUUUUUUUUUCUUUCUUUCUUUUUGCUGACUCUAGAAAAAAAUAAUACUUUCAUAUUCAGAUAGAUUAUUUGCUUCCAUAUUUUGAAUAAAUAAUAUGUUUUCAUAUAUGAAUAAAUUACAUGCUAAAGUUACAAGAUAAAAGGAAUCAAAACUUAACUCACUAAAGAAAAUACCAUAAUUCCAUGAGGCAAAUUUUGGAGAACUAGUACUCCUGCAUCAACAUUGUGUGGUGUGUGUGUGUGUUGUGUGUGUGUUUGUGUGUGUGUGUGUGUUUGUGUGUGUGCGUGUGUGUUCGGAAGCAGCUCUUUGACACGGGUACGAAAAUCAUUAGUUGAAACUAUCACGAGUUGGGAACAAUAAUACACUUGCAAAUUACAUAUAAAACUGCCAAAACAAUACAAAGCAUAUCGUGUCCUUAAAGCGAGCAGGCUCCAUUAUCUAUCAAGGCAGAAGAUGAAUGAGAACGUUAUCUUUUGCACAAUAAUUCUGUACAGUGUUCGUCAGAGUGAGCGUGGUAAAUCGGCAGUCUGAGACAAGUGCCGAUAUGCCAUUGAGUAGUUAUCGGU